GAUGGGGGAGCGGAGCAGCUCGGAGCACGGUGGGAAGGACCAGACACCGAUCAGUGUGAAAGUCUCUGAAAACAGGCCGGCAGCUGUGCAGGGGUCCCCACACACUGGCCCGCCCCCGGCAUGCAUGAACCCCGCCUUGAUGAGCACUCCCUGGCAGUAUCGCUAUCAAGAUGAGGACUCUCCACCUGAGCACGGGUUCCCGCGGCUGACCAACGAGGUGCGCGCCCCUGAGCUGGUGCACGUGUCGGAGAAGAACCUCUCGGAGAUUGAGAAUGUGCAUGGCUACGUGUCCCACUCCCAUAUCUCCCCGCUCAAGGCGAGUCCCGCUCCAAUAAUUAUCAACACCGACACUCUGGAGAGCGUACCUUACGUCAACGGGACAGAAAUUGAAUAUGAGUUUGAAGAAAUCACACUAGAGCGGGGGAACUCAGGGUUGGGUUUCAGCAUCGCUGGAGGAACAGAUAACCCCCAUAUCGGUGAUGACCCAGGGAUCUUCAUCACCAAGAUUAUCCCUGGUGGCGCGGCAGCAGAGGAUAGCCGGUUAAGAGUGAAUGACUGCAUCCUGCGGGUGAAUGAUGCCGACGUGUCUGAGGUGUCCCACAGUAAGGCAGUGGAGGCCCUGAAGGUGGCUGGCUCUAUCGUCAGGCUGUACGUUCGCCGGAGGAGACCCAUGCUGGAAACUGUCAUUGAAAUCAAACUCAUCAAAGGACCAAAAGGGCUGGGCUUCAGCAUCGCAGGAGGGGUGGGCAAUCAGCACAUCCCGGGGGACAACAGCAUCUUUGUCACUAAGAUCAUAGAUGGAGGUGCAGCACAGAAGGACCAGCGCUUACAGGUUGGAGACCGGCUGCUUAUGGUGAACAACUACACUCUGGAAGAGGUCUCCCACGAGGAGGCUGUAGCCAUACUGAAGAACACUUCUGACGUUGUGUACCUGAAGGUGGGCAAGCCCACCAGUGUUUACUUAUCAGAUCCCUAUGGGCCACCUGAUAUCACGCACUCAUUCUCUCCAGCAAUGGAAAAUCAUAUCUCUUCCGGGGGCAACAACGGCACUCUGGAGUACAAGUGCAGUCUUCCCCCCAUGCCCAUCUCUCCUGGAAGGUACUCCCCCCUCCAAAAACACUUACUCGGGGAAGAGGACAUUAACAGGUUGGAUGGUUUUUCCUUCUUACGAAAUGCCUCGAUAGAUGACGGGGAGGCUCACAGGUUUGAGUCGCAGCACUUCCAGUUGAGGCCUCCUGAGCCAGUUUACAGCACUGUGAACAAAGCACCUUCUCCCCACCACUAUUCCCCCGUGGAGUAUGACAAAAGCCUCCUCCACUCCAUACCCUUCCCUCACUAUCACUUAGGCCUGCUCCCUGACUUCGAGAUCACCAGGGAUCCCAGGAGGAUGGUCCUCCACAAGGGCUCCACGGGCCUGGGAUUCAACAUCGUGGGCGGGGAGGACGGAGAGGGCAUCUUUGUCUCCUUCAUCCUGGCGGGAGGGCCUGCCGACCUGAGCGGAGAGCUGCGGAGGGGAGACCAGAUCUUGUCGGUUAAUGGCAUCGACCUACGCGGGGCCACCCACGAGCAAGCGGCUGCAGCACUAAAGGGGGCGGGCCAAACUGUCACCAUCAUUGCUCAGUACAGGCCCGAGGAGUACGGGCGUUUCGAGGCCAAAAUACAUGAUCUGCGGGAACAGAUGAUGAACCAUAGCAUGAGCUCUGGGUCCGGAUCCCUCCGAACCAAUCAGAAACGCUCCCUUUACGUCAGGGCACUGUUCGACUAUGAAAAGGCCAAAGACAGUGGACUCCCUAGCCAGGGCCUCAGCUUCAGGUAUGGGGACAUCCUCCACGUCAUCAACGCCUCAGACGAUGAAUGGUGGCAGGCCCGUAGGGUGACCCCUGAUGGGGACAGCGAAGAGAUGGGGGUCAUCCCCAGCAAGAGGAGGGUUGAGAGGAAAGAACGAGCUCGUCUAAAGACAGUGAAGUUCAAUGCCAAACCGGGAACCAUCGAUUCCAAAGGGGACAUCCCAGGAUUAGGUGACGACGGGUAUGGGACGAAGACGCUGAGGAGUCAAGAGGACAUGAUUCUCUCCUAUGAGCCUGUCAUUCGACAAGAGAUUAAUUACGCCAGACCCGUCAUAAUCCUUGGACCAAUGAAAGACAGAAUCAACGACGACCUGAUAUCCGAAUUCCCUGACAAAUUUGGCUCCUGCGUGCCACAUACCACUCGGUCGAGGAGGGACUACGAGGUCGAUGGGCGGGACUACCAUUUUGUAAUGUCCAGAGAGCAGAUGGAGCAGGACAUCCAAGAGCACAAGUUCAUUGAGGCGGGCCAGUACAACGACAAUCUAUAUGGAACCAGUGUUCAGUCGGUCAAAUAUGUGGCUGAGAGGCAGGGUAAACACUGCAUACUGGAUGUGUCAGGGAAUGCCAUAAAACGACUACAAGUAGCACAACUCUACCCCAUUGCCAUCUUUAUAAAGCCUAGGUCCAUUGAUUCAUUAAUGGAGAUGAAUAAGAGAUUAACAGAAGAGCAGGCCAGGAAGACAUUUGACAGGGCCAUUAAGUUGGAGCAGGAGUUUGGCGAGUUUUUCACAGCCCUUGUUCAAGGAGACACCUUAGAAGACAUUUAUAACCACUGCAAAAUGGUGAUAGAGGAGCAUUCAGGACCCUACAUCUGGAUCCCAUCAAAAGAGAAAUUAUGAGAACACACCACUUUGGCAGGGAUAUUGGACUGCUAGAUUCACAACAUACUUUGUAACAAAUGUUCAACUGUAAUGGUAAUUUAUAUUGUUCAUAAUUAUAGCCAAUUAAAAUUAUUUUUUUCUUAUAGUUUCUUUUUUUUCCACUUUCAAUAUGAAUGUACACCACAACGUUUAAGACACAUUUUUGGCCUAAAAAAAUUGACUGUUUGUAUAUUUCAUGUUUUUAUUUUUAAAAAUGCUAAGGAAAUUUAAUAAACAAGGGCAUGUGUUCACGUCGACACUGCGUGGAAUUUCAAAUGAAUAUUCGAAGAUCGCCACGCCAAUGAAGGAGGGGAAGGAAAUAAUAUCAGCUUGUUUUGCUUCUCUCCACACAACAGCUAGCACUUUGUGUCCCCUGACACUCACCUCACAUCAGUAGUUGACAUUUUGUGUGACUUUAGCAUCUAUGGCCCUUGGACACAGUUCAUCGUAAUCCGCCUAUUUUUACGUUCUUAUUUUUAUUUUUUAUUAUUUUGUGAAUUCAGAUUUGUUUGAAAAUGUUUUCUUUGAAUAAGAAUUCUCAACUGUAUUGUUUUUUGUUGUUGUGCGGAUUAAUUCUUUAAAAAAUACAAUUAUUGUUAAGAUGCUUUGAUUAGAAUGAAGAAUUAAGGGGGAAAUCUACAUUUAGGUGUAGGAAAUGUGACAUUAUAUUUUGCUAUUUAUAUUGAUAGAGGGCACAACAGCACAAAGUAUUUAUUAUGAAGAUAUAUAACUUUGAUUAAAAAACAAAUAAAACAUCUGAUCUGAAUUGUUUAACAUAGUGUGUGGUAGAUUUAGAGAUGAUGGGGUUGUUAUUUGAGAGUAAAUGGAAAACUACAGGUCCAAAGUCCUUUGAGGACUGAUAGUAAGUAAUGUUCUGUGGUGAGCCUAAAGUCUUAAUCCGUAUAUUCACAAAGCAGCCUAAUGAUAACUUUGCCACUUAGGAGCAAUUCUUAUCAGAAUUCUGUCAUUUUUCCCAUAAGUGUAAUACAUUUUUGAAAGUAAUUCACAAAUUCUCACUUUGCGCACGUUUCCCACAAACUUCCAAACAUUUGAAUUCCCAGUGGCCUAGUGCAGCAUCUGGAAAGUGUCUGAAGUUAAAUUUCACUAAUUAAAAGUAAGUAUCAUAAUGAAUUACACUCUGCCUAUAACCAAAUGCAAUGUGCUUUGUUACUUUUUUUUCAUUCAUGAAACACAUUUGGGGAUUUUGAUUUAUUAUUAUUAUUUAAAGAACUAUAGUCUUGUAUAUUGGUUACAAUUAAAGUAAAUUAAAAGGAU